UUCAUUAUUAGUCCAUUCAGUAUUGCUGUACAUUUUGUUAAUAUAUAAUUCGUUUUUGUUGUUGUAUAAUAAUUAAUAAUACGUUGCUGUUACGAUGAACGAUAAAGAAACUAAAAAGCUUCAACAUCAAUAUGAUGUAUGGUUUCGAGGUGUCAACAGAGGAAAAGCUAUGCCAAAUUCACAAAAUUAUGAUCAAAAUUUAAAGAUUGUUGCCACAUUUGAUACUAUACAAAGUUUUUGGUCAGUUUAUACUCACCUAGUACGACCUAAUGAAUUGACAGGACAUUCAGAUUUGCAUGUCUUUAAAUCUGGUAUUAAACCUUUAUGGGAAGAUGAAGCAAAUAAAGAUGGUGGAAUGUGGAAAUUGCGAUUGCGCAAAGGUCUUGCAUCAAGAUUCUGGGAAAAUUUAUUACUAGCAUUUAUAGGCGAACAAUUCAUGGUCGAUGAUGAAAUCUGUGGCAUCGUUGUCGCUUGUCGUUAUUAUGAAGAUUACAUAUGUGUUUGGAAUCGUAGUGGCAAUGAUCAGGAGAUAAAAGCUCGAAUACGUGAUACAUUGAAACGUGUAUUGAAUUUACCGACCAAUAUAAUAUUGGAAUAUAAAUUGCAUAGUGAUGCAUUGAAAAAAAUAACAAAAAAUCCAAGCAAAAUGAACAAUAAAUCAUCAUCAAUGAUAACAUCAAGUGGACCUUGA